CGUGAAUUACACCUCCAAACUUGACAUUUAAGAAAGACUAUUAACUCAUUGUUGGCCUUCCAUUUCCUCCACAUCCAACUUUUCCCUUUCUUUUACUAGAACAAAAACAAAGCCAUUUUGCCGUAGAAAAGAAGAAAAAUAAAGCAUACAGUCAAUUCAAGCAAUUUCCUCUCACCUUCCCAUUUCCAUCUCUCCCUGUCAACAUCAUUACUUUCUCCCCAUUCCACCUAACCAAACCCAAACCUCAUCCAUUCCAUUCCACUUCAUUUCCAUCCAAAAAAAACCAGAUGGCGAAUAUUCCGUCGGAACUACUCACCGACAUUCUCUCCUUAUUACCAGUCCGCUCCCUUCUCCGAUUCCGAUUAUCUUCAAAAUCACUCCGUUCCUUAAUCGACAGCCACAACUUCAUCAACCUCCACCUCCACAAUUCCUUCAACUUCACCCUCAUCCUCCGCCACAACUCCGAUCUCUACCAACUCGAUUUCCCUACCCUCGCCACCGCCGUUCCACUCAACCACCCUCUCAUGUGUUACAGCAACCGCAUCACACUAUUCGGUUCAUGUAACGGUAUUCUCUGUAUCUCCAAUAUCGCCGAUGAUAUAGCUUUCUGGAACCCUAACAUACGUAAACACCGGAUUAUCCCCUAUCUACCUAUCUCUCCCCGUUCUGAAUCGGAUACUUCUCUCUUCGCCGCUCGAGUUCAUGGAUUCGGUUUCGAUCCGUUUGAUUGUGAUUAUAAGCUUGUGAGAAUCUCUUAUUUCGUUGAUCUUCAACAACGUACUUUCGAUUCGCAAGUGAGAGUUUUCAGCUCGAGAACGAAUUCGUGGAAAGCGCUUCCGAGUAUGCCUUAUGCACUUUGCUGUGCUCGAACCAUGGGGGUUUUGGUUGAGAAUUCUCUCCACUGGAUUGUGACUCGCAAACUCGAGCCGUUUCAACCUGAUUUAAUCGUUGCGUUUAACUUAACACUUGAGAUUUUCGAAGAGGUUCCUCUUCCAGAAAUUGAAGUGGCUAACAGUGAAAGUUUUGAAAUUGAUGUUGCUGUUUUGGGAGGGUGUCUAUGUAUGAUUGUGAAUUAUCAAGCUUCUAAAGUUGAUGUUUGGGUGAUGAGAAAAUAUGGAUCUAGAGAUAGUUGGUGUAAACUGUUUACUUUGGUGGAAUCGUGUUUCAUUUUGCCUUUGAAAUCUUUGAGGCCGUUAGGAUAUUCGGAUUAUGGAAGUAAGGUUCUAUUGGAAGUAGAUCGGAAGAAGCUGUUUUGGUAUGAUUUCAAGACUGAACAAGUUGUUUAUGCUCAAGGAAUUCCUAGUUUGAAUGAAGGCAUGAUUUGUGUUGAAAGCCUUGUACCACCUUCCUUACAUAUGGAUAAUUAUAGGAAGGAGAAUCAGCAUAAGUUGAGAUGCGAAAGUAUAAGCAAUAGAAGGGAUGACUUCUUGUCUCAAGGAUUUAAAUUGACACUGUAAAGGAGUGAUGAAAGAACCAAUGAUGUUAGGUUAAAACUGGAUGCUCAAGUUGUUUCUGGUGAUGGAAUUGGUCUAGUGGUUUGCAGGAAGGGUUGAUUAUGGAGCUGCACCAUUUUAAUCUCUCUUCUUGAAUGGUGUGAGAUUAGACUCCUCCAUCUCAUGUAAAGGUCUCACAUAAGGGUGUUCAUUUCCGGUUGAACUGUGAAAACAUGGUCUACAGUGAAAGCAAGAAUUCGGAAGAUACACAAUCAUCUCAAAGCCAGAAUAGAAUAUUGAAGACGAAGAAAAAAGAAACUGAAAAUCUGAUACUAAAUGUACAUGACUUCUUUCCUUUCCUUUAAUUUGGUGUAUCACUUGCUCUAUAAUCUUGCGGCACCUGCUAUACACUCAAUACAAAGAAAAAUGGCCCAUAUCAAUUGGGUGUAACAAAGUAUCGAAAAGUGGCUUGUAUGUUGUUAUGGUGUAAAAAGUAUUGAAAAGCUUUAUGGUAUGUGAUUUUGUAUGUAUGCAUAAUGCAUGUUAAUCUGGUUUUGCUAUCGACUAUAAUGAAACUUUUACAUUUGGCAACCUUA